AUGAACCCACCACAACCUCCAUCGGAAGCAACAGAUAUUUUUUCUAUCUCAGACCAGGUCCUAGCAGAGAAGUUUCAGUUCAUCGAGGAGAUUGGCUUUGGCAACUGGGGGAGUGUGUGGUUAUGCCGGCCAAGGGAGGACCCUUCCGUAGAAGUUCACGAGAGCCUGCAGCAUGCCAAGGUAGCGGUGAAGUUAGUUCACCGGUCCAAGACACCUACCACUGCUGCUCGCGUUAAGUCACUAUGGAACGAAAUGAAGAUCGUACGAACACUGAGGGAGGACGGCCAUCCCUCCAUCAUCCCUUUCUAUUCAUUCAUUAUUACACCCUCAUAUGCCAUGAUCACCAUGGCAUAUCAUCCUCGCCUCAUCCCGGUUGAAGUUCCUGAGCACCAUGCUCGCGAAUGGUUUCGCCUGCUCCUCUCUGGCGUUGAAUUUCUGCACAAACGUGGCGUCGUCCAUAAUGACAUCAAGCCUGCCAACAUUCUACUGUCAAAACAGAAUGUGCCUGUCCUAGUUGACUUCGGUUUUGCCGAGCGGUACGACGUGGAGUCGCCUACCGCAUUUCAUAGCAAUCUUGCGUAUGGCACGCCGGAGUACUUAUCGCCUGAACGAGCUCGGGGACUCCCUCAUGAUACGCGCAAAUCCGAUAUUUGGGCACUCGGCGUCACAUUCUUUGAGAUUUUGGUUGGCCGGACGCCCUUUGAAUACACAGAAGGGGAGCAGUUCUCCACCAAGGCAGAUUUGGAGAAAUAUUGGGCACGAACGGCAAGUAUGAAGGGCAAAUGGAUCGGGACAUGGAAAAUGUCCAAGGCCAUGGAGCGACUUCUGAAGAGGAUGGUACUGCCCAACGCGGAUCUGAGAUGCACAUCCUCAGAUGCAAUUGAGGAUCCUUACUGGACUAAGGAUCCUGACCUGCCAGCCUCUACUCACAAGAAGACCGCGAGUGGCCAUGUUCGCUCACCGUCCCUUGCCGACAUCAUGUCUCCGUUUUCUACCCGCGGACGAUCCGCCAGCAGAGAGCGCAAGCGCAAAAGCGCCAAGGGAGAGGACGGGCAGAACAUCAAGCACCGAUAUCUUGACAGUCCACCAGGACUUGAUGACACGAACCUCGCGAAGGUGCGGCAGGAGCUCGCGCCUGCUCGUGCAGCAGCUCAGCAUAAAAGGUCGCGGUCGCAGUCUAAGUUGCGUGUUCUGAGAGACCUACCUCAACCGCCAGGUGCUUCCAAGUCGCGAGUACCCGUUGUCAAGAUUGCGGCGGACCUCUCACCCAUCAAGGGCUCGCCGCCGACUACGCCUCAAGAGAAGGCGGCUCACUCCGCUACGGCGAAGGAACCCAAAGCAAAGAAGGAAAAUGCAGUCCCUCGGUCUCAUGGAACCACGCCACCGGCUCGGAAACCAGCUGGACCUCGCGCACCUCUCUCCCCAACCGGUGGGCUCGCUGUGAAGAGCACUUCACCGCUCAAUCGACAAGCAUCGUCCGUCGGAGCCUUGCCCCAUGAGAAGAAGGCCAAGGCCAAGGUUACACAUCAGCCCGCAAGCAGGGUGCUCGGGGAUGUAACUGAAUCAAAUAGGAAGAACGAGAAUAUCAAUAAGUCUACCGGCAGCGCCGGGAGCGAGAAGGUCUCGCAAAGGGUUAGGGAGUGGGAGCGGGAGAGGCAGAGGUUGAGGGAAAUGGAACGGAUGAGGGAGAAGGAUCAGGAGAGUGACGCCGAGAAUGUGGAGCCUGAAAAGCCAAAACACCCGGCGAAGGAGAAGGUCAAGUUCGAGAAAGAGAGUGGUAUGGAGAAAGAGACUCGUGCUCAGGUCGUUACCAUCCCGAGCAGUCGCAAAGCCUCCGCGAGCACCGGCGAAAGUUCUCCCAGCGGUUGGCAUAAUGUCUUGGAUCUCAAAGCUGGAUCACGCUCUCCGCAGGAUUCGGGCCUCAACGCCCUGAAGCAGAACUUGAGGAUGUCAAUCGACAAAACUGUGCGAUCGGCGAAGUCUUCAGUUCUGGCUCUCGGGCGAAUCUCUACCCCAGCGCUGACCUUGUCCGGAUCGGGAGAAGGCGUCGAAGAGAGUGGGUCCACCAUUAGUCGGGAAUCCUGGGAGGAUGCAGUCAUGAGGGAAGCUAAUUGUACACUUCCUGCCGUCCGUGAGGCCAUCAGAAAUGAGAAAGUGGGAGCUGACAACCAGGUCGACCGGAUGACGAUCUGGAUGCGGAACGUGGAAAGGGUGGUGGAGGAGACUCGGCAGAACUUCGCAACAACGCAGGUCCUGCCUCCGGUCCCGCUUGCUCCGGCUAGCAAGUCACGCAGCUCUACAUCGAAGCCCGGACGUUUGCCACGGAAGGUGCUUCCAGCAAACAAGAUAUUCGCUCUGGGAGACUGUGAGGACGAGUCGAUGGAUCGGACAUGGUCCUCAGUCUCACCCUCUCGUCAUUCGUCUCCCGCAAAGACAGUCAUGAGUCAGACGGUUCCCACUAUCCCAUCUGAGAAGUCUAGCACAGCUAUCGAAGCCAAACCAGAGGUAGAGACUAGGAGUCCUCCGAGACAGCGUGCCGCGACGCUUCUCUCCCGCUCUCCCGAGACCAAAUCCAAGCCAAUCCUGGACCUGGACCAAGGCUCGCCAUCUAAACGCAAGGAGAAGUCCCGCUCUCACAACGAUCUUCUGAGACCUAUUAGUCCUAUUGAUCAACUGCAGUUUGAGAUAGAGCAGCGCAUCAUGCCGAGUCCCCCUUUGCGACUGUCAGCAUUGCUGGACAGUAGCCUAUUCAUUGCAGCACCGGCCACUCCGAAGUUGGACCCAACUGCCGUGCCGCAUAUUACUUUAAACGAGGAAUGCGGAGAGCCCGACGACCUAGCUGCUUCCCCUUAUCAUGUCGAGCCGUACCCAGCCCGUCAGCCCCCCAUGGACUCCGGAAGUCCUAUUGACAGCCCCACAAGGCGGCACGUCGAAGGGGUAUACGACCGUUUCCUCAUGGCCACCACGGGUGUCAAGAGGGUCGGACGUGGCUAUCAGUCGGACAACAACAAGCCUCUCGGUCACAUUGCGCCGCGACACACUACGGCACCCAAGCGUGACCACUCAUUCUUCCUGACCACUCGUCGCGCGAUGCCUCCUCCGAUCUCUAGUGAUGAUCUCAGGAGGGCCGCGUCCGCGGAUGAACUUGGCUUUGUGUCUCAGAGCCCCAGGUCAUCGGAAGAAGAGGGCAAAAAUGCCGUUCGCCUGAUGGGUACUCUCAAAGCGAUCGUCACUGGCAAACAAUCUCGGCGUGCUUCGAGACUCGGCUGA